AUGGAAGGCGCGUCCUCUGCCGCGCAGGAGCCGAGCCCCCCGGCAGCGGCGGCGCCCGCGCCCCGCCAGACCUGCCGCGCCCGCCUCUUGAGCCGCUUCAAGGAAAAACUCUGCACCUGGCACGUUGUGAAAACGCUUGCCCUGGGUCAGAUGCUCUCCUUGUUUAUAUGCGGGACAGCAGUUACAAGCCAAUUCCUAGCCGAACGCUUUCAGGUGAACACUCCCAUGCUACAGAGCUUCAUCAACUAUUGCUUGCUGUUUCUGGUAUAUACAACAACUCUGGCGUGUAGGAAAGAUGGCAACAGCCUCCUGCAGAUUCUGAAGGGGAAAUGGUGGAAGUACCUUCUGCUCGGGCUAGCUGACGUUGAAGCAAACUACACCAUUGUAAAAGCCUACCAGUAUACCACGCUAACAAGUGUUCAGCUCCUUGACUGUUUUGGGAUUCCGGUGCUGAUGGCUUUAUCGUGGUUCAUCCUUCGUGCAAGAUACAAACUGAUCCAUUUCAUUGCCGUCGCUGUCUGCCUGCUGGGUGUAGGGACCAUGGUCGGGGCAGAUACAUUAGCGGGGAGGCAAGAAGGCGAAGGAAGCAACGUGGUGAUCGGAGAUGUCUUAGUCCUUCUUGGCGCCUCGUUGUAUGCCAUUUCGAAUGUGAGUGAGGAAUACAUUGUGAAAAAUCUGAGCAGAGUGGAGUUUCUAGGAAUGGUGGGCUUGUUUGGGACUAUUAUCAGCGCUCUGCAGCUAGGCAUUGUGGAACAUAAAGACAUAGCUAAUAUUCAGUGGAACUGGAAAAUAGCCUUGCUCUUUCUGGCUUUUGCCCUCUGUAUGUUUGGGCUGUACAGCUUCAUGCCGAUUGUGAUCAGAGUUACCAGUGCUACAUCCGUCAACUUGGGCAUUCUGACAGCUGACCUCUACAGUCUUUUCUUUGGACUCUUCUUGUUUGGUUACAAGUUUUCAGUGCUUUAUCUCCUGUCCUUCGCGGUCAUCAUGGUGGGGUUCAUCCUUUAUUGCUCCACGCCGACCCGCACCGCAGAGACGGCCGAGACCAGUUUGCCACUGGCAGCCAGCACUGGAUUUGACAACCUUGCCUUGAAAGUUGAGGAGAACCAUCUGGAUGUCGCAGCUGUCUCACCUGCACAGCAUAGCAGAGAAGAAAGCGGAGCAGGGGAAGCACUGACUGCUGAACCACCAGCCUUGUGAAAUCAAGAGAAUGCUUGGGUUGCCGGAAUGACUUGGAAAUGUCAACAAGUGAGAAAAUGGACAUUAGACUGUACGAGGAGCCAGAGGGAGACCCGUUGUGGAAUUUGCGCUCUUGCCAAAGGUUGGAAUUCCACCUCAAGAUAGUCAGGGUGAGAUCCUUGAGUUGAAUAAUCUGCAUUAAGUUACAUUCCCAGGAAAUCUGGACUUUUGAACUGUCAGAGGAAUGAGUAAUAGACAUGGCAGGAGAGAGGGGGGAAAGUCCAAUCAUUCUUUUUAGUAAGAACACAACUAAUUAAAAAAAUUGCUUUCCAAAAUAAAUAAGUUCUUCUGUUUCCAACGUUUACAUUUUCAAGGACUGCAGGAUUUUUUUUUGGCAAUAACAUGGUUGACAAAUGGAUAGAGAGGAAAGUGGAGAGAGGAUAAAUAUAGGCAAAUAAGAUACUGUGGAUGCGAUUAGAAGGUCAGUGGGAAGAGAGGCCGAGUACAGUAAAGCAAGAGAAUGAGCAUGCACUCCUGAAUCCCCACCUCUGGACCACGGAAAGCCCUACACAAUUGCCUCUGUUUUUGUACUUUCUUCUAAAUACUGCCUUGAUGAGGACUAGACAUUAUUUUUAACGUGAAAUUGCUCACCAUAUUCUGCCACUGCAGAGUUAACAUGCAGAUUAUACGUAACAUGCAAUAAAUUGAAGUACAUCUUAACACUGGGGAGGCCGGUAUAAUUACACCCAGUUAAGAUGUUUCCAUCAAGCAUCUCUGAAGCAGUGAUGCUAUCAAAGCUGUUACUAAAUUAAAGGAUGUUCUGAGCUCUUGACUGAUAUUUCUGUCUUCCUUAAAUUGUCUCCUCCUUUUAAGCCACAGAUAUAAUAUGUCGUACUACUUCUGGGGUACAGUGUGUAUUUUUAAAAGUUUGUGUAGUGCAAAAUCUCUGCACCUCAGCUCUUUGAAAAUGAAAAGAUAGCCUCAGCGUUGCUAAUGCCACAGUACGUUGUUUACACACACACAAGAACAGAACAGUCCAUUCUAGACUGGACCAGCGGCUAGUUGGAUGCCAAAAGGAAGCCACAAGCAGUGCUUGCAUUUCAAUUAUCCUGUAAUCUGCCUUGAGUCUCAGUGAGAAAGAUGGAGUAUAAAUAAA